AACCUUUCCAACCAGUCCGUUAAUACUCAAUUCACUGUGUAAUUUGGAUCCUCUAUACCCUCUUCAUGGUCAUGGCGAGUUCGGCUGAGCCCACAACGAGACUCGUCUACCAAGUUGACGAGUCCGCGAGAACUCUCUUGACGCGAUUAAAAGCUAUACGGCAGUACGAAGACCUCUCAGAUGAAGAUAAAACUAUUUUCAAAGCCGCGACAAACUCCCGGGAUGAUUCUUCACAAUACCACGUCAUUGAGACCACGGAGACCAUUUUCUAUGUCCAAGGUGGCGGCCAGCCUUGCGAUACCGGUGUCAUGAUUAUCAACGGGUCGAAACUGCAAGUCACAUCCGUGCGAUACGGCAGCGGCGGCAGUGUUCUACAUCUAGCCCAUGCCAACGGGGAGAUUGAGCAACCCCGCGAAGGCGACAUUGUGGAACAACAGAUUGAUGGUGAGAAACGAGACUCCCAUAGCAGAACACACACAGCUGGCCACAUCAUUGGACUUGCUGUCAGGCAGCUUGCAGCAAAGCACGAGCUACCCAUCACUGAACUGAAGGCCUCUCACUAUCCCGAUGCAUGCUUUGUUGAGUUCAAAGGUCUUCUUGACGGAAAAUACAAAGACGAGAUUCAGUCGCAGGCCAGCGCUUUUGUGGACCAGGCUUUGCCGGUGAAACUGUACUGGUACAAACCAGAGGAGUUGACGAGCAACAAUGUGAUCACAGCAGAAGGAAUGCCGAUCGUGACUGGAGCUGAUGGCACUUGUCGAGUUGUCGAUAUCGUGGGCGCUGGUGCGUAUCCGUGUGGAGGGACUCACGUUCCUGACACCAGCUUCGUUGGGACGAUUUCUGUGAGAAACAUCAAGCGCCAGAAAGGGAACACGAAAGUUUCGUACGCGGUUGCGACGCCAAGCUGAAUAAUCUGCUUACGAGACGAGACGGUAUUCAGCUUGGACCCCUCACUCCUACCCCUCGUACUACGAUAAGAUCACUUCGCAGCUUCAAGUGCUCUGCUUGUUGCUUAAAU